AAUCGCAUAACCUAGCACAGGUUCUGAAAAUUUCCAGUGCUUUUUUUCAUGCCAAUAAGCAAGACAAUCAUUAAAAUAUUUACAUUAUCAAAAAUUUUAUCUGUUGUAUAGUCAAAUACGACGCCAUAUGCCGUGUUUAGUGUAAUACAUAUACACAUAAAUAUAAUUGUUAAUAUAAUUUAUGCACUGAUCAGUCAUUGUGUUGUAUAAUUGUAUUCCCGUUGUAUCAUGACGUGACGUUGUCUAACCAUUGAUAGCUCGCAUAAUAAAAAAAUUAUCAUUGAAUAAAUUAGCCGUCUCGGACUACAGAAUUGUUAAAAUAGGCAUAUUCAGAUUUUAAAAGUGACGAGAUUGUUAAAAUUCUGAUAAUAUAUCGACAUAAUGGAAAAAUUAAAUACUUGUGGAGAUUUAAUUAGAUUAAUAGUAAAAGCACCUGAUCAACAAACUGAUGAUUUAACAGUUGAAUGCCAACUCAAUUGGACUGUUGAAAAACUUAAAAAUCAUCUUCAUGAAGUUUAUCCAACUAAACCAAAAAAAGAGGAACAAAAGGUUAUCUUUUCGGGUCAAAUUUUGAAUGAUUCAAUGAUACUCAAAGAUGUAUUACAACAAAAUUAUAAUACAAAUGAAGAAGUAUACACUAUUCAUUUAGUGUGUCCCACAAAACCAUACAUGAUGAAGGCAAAAUCAACAGUUAAUGAGCUACCACCAAGUAGUAGUAGCUCAUCAUCAGCUACUUCAUCGUUAUCGUCAUCAUCAUCAACAGUACAAGAAUAUUAUAAUCGACUAAAUAAUCAGCAAAUAGUAUGGAUGCAACAAGCUUAUACUCAAUAUCUUACUCAAUAUUUACAAUUAAUGAAUGCUCAUGGAAUGCAGUUACAGCCAACAGGAACAUCAACUGCAACAACAAUGCCUUUUUCACAAUCAAAUCUCUACACAAAUAUAUUUAAUAAUAAUAGUAAUAAUGCAAGAGAUGUUGAUGGAGAGCAGGUACAAACAGGACCAAAUAAUCCAGACACGAAUGAGCACAAUGACAUUAACAACAAUAACAACAACAACAAUAAUAACAAUGCUGAAGACAAUGAUGUAGUAUUGAACCGAGAUUGGUUAGAUGUAUUUGAUGUUUUUGCACGAAUUGUUGUUUUGACCAGCAUUGUUUAUUUUUAUUCAUCUCCAUCAAGAUUUCUCAUCGUUACGUUUCUUGGAUUUGCCAUUUACUUGAUCCAAGGAGGAUUUUUCCGGGGUCAUCAGAUAUAUUUCGAUAAUAAUAAUGGCCGUGUAGAGAAUAACAACAAUCAUAAUGUUAAUAACAAUAACACAGGAAAUGAUCAAACAAAUGGACCAGUAGGUCAACAACAGCAAAACCAGAAUGGUCAAACAAAUAAUAAUAGUGAAGCAAAUACUCAGGAAGCAAGAACGACGACUAAUCAAAAUGAAGAUAAUGAAAGGCCCGGUGCUUUAGCAUUUACGUGGACCUUUUUCAGCUCGUUUUUUGCUUCUCUUAUUCCUGAACAGCCGCAUGUUUUGUAAUUUAACUAAUUUUUUUGCUAAAUGCCAGUUGCAUAAACAACUUAAAUUACUUUUUUGUAUUUAUUGGCGCUAAAUGUUACUUUAUCCAAAGAUUUUUCUCUAUGAUAAGUAAUAACAAGUAUCCAUAAAAUGAAUAUUAAAUAUAAAUAUUUUAUUUUUAUGGUAGAAAAUAAGUGAUAUAAAAAUAUGUAAAAUAUAUUGCGAAUAAUAAUCUAUUAUA